CGCCCAAGUAGGAUCAGUACUAGGACGCGUUUGCCCAGGAGAGGGCAUCGUGGGAGGGGCGGGAAGCAAGCGUUUACCGUCCGGCCACGGGAAGAGGGGGCCUUCUCGCCCGCCCCGCGCCUACCCCGAUGUUCCCCGGCCUCCUCGCGCCCCCCGCGGGGUAUCCUAGCCUCCUGCGACCCACGCCCACCUUGACGCUGCCCCAGUCCCUUCAAUCCGCAUUUUCCGGCCACUCUAGCUUUCUGGUGGAAGAUCUGAUCCGCAUCAGCCGGCCCCCAGCCUAUCUGCCCCGCAGCAUAACCACUGCCAGCCUGUCACCCCCCAGGCAAGAGGCCCCCACAGCUAUCACCGACUCCCGGACCUCAGACCUGGGCUCCCCGGGUCCCGGCAGCCGGCGGGGCAGCUCUCCACAGACCGCCCUCUCCCCUGCCAGUGAGCCCACGUUUCUGAAGUUUGGGGUGAAUGCCAUCCUGUCGUCCGCUCCCAGAAGAGAAACAUCCCCGGCUUUGCUCCAGAGCCCGCCUCCCAAGGCUUUCGCAUUUCCUUAUUUUGAAGGCUCCUUCCAGCCCUUCAUCAGAUCUUCGUAUCUCCCAGCGUCCUCCGGCGUGGUGCCGAUCCCCGGGACCUUCUCCUGGCCGCUGGCGGCGCGCGGCAAGCCUCGCCGAGGAAUGCUCCGCAGAGCCGUGUUCUCCGAUGUGCAGCGCAAGGCGCUGGAGAAGACCUUUCAAAAGCAGAAGUACAUCAGCAAGCCGGACCGGAAGAAGCUGGCGGCCAAGCUGGGCUUGAAAGACUCGCAGGUGAAAAUCUGGUUCCAGAACCGACGCAUGAAGUGGCGGAACUCCAAAGAACGCGAACUCCUGUCUAGCGGGGGCUGCCGUGAGCAGACCCUUCCCACGAAGCUCAACCCUCACCCUGACCUCAGCGACGUGGGCCAGAAGGGUCCCAGGGACGAGGAGGAAGACGAGCGCCCCGGCAGCCCUCGUCCCCGCCUGGCCUACCACGUGUCUCCAGACCCCGCACACCGGCGGGAGGUGGGCCUGGAAGGGCCCCUGGCCGCCUCUCCCUCUCAUUCCAGCAGCCCGGGGAAACCCUCAGACUUCUCAGAUUCCGAGGAGGAAGAGGAAGGCGAGGAAGAAGAGGAAAUCACUGUGUCCUAG